AUGGCUCGCCCCGAAGUGAAGCGGAGACGUCUGAGUCCUCCCGACGAUGUCGAGGAUCAAUCUUCGCGCUCAAAAGCUGACGACGAGUGGGAUGUCGAGCAAGACUACGAACGCCGCCCGCGCAAAACCACCAAGAAAGCCGGUGAACGCACCCGAUUGCCGAUCAAGACCUCUGAAGGCUUUGUUCAGGCUGAUGACGAGCCCGAGGACCAGGGCGAGGAAACCGACAGCUUUUUGGGCACCGACGAUGACGAGGAUGAGGAGGGUUCCGGCGAUGAAGACGAGGAGGAAUCCGAGGAGGAAAAGCCCAAGAUUCCCGUGAAGGUCCAGAUCAUGCAGGCCAAGGAGGACCUAGCGAAGAUGGCAACCUUGAUCAAUGAGGAUCCCGAGGAGCACAUCUCUCUUUUCAAGACCAUGGCCGAGCUGGUGUCAAAGAAGGAUUCACCUGUUACGGUUAAGAAGCUUGCCCUGGCUUCCCAGGCGGCUGUCUACAAGGAUGUCAUUCCCGGAUAUCGCAUUCGCCCCUUGUCCGAGGAGGAUACAUCUGGCAAGGUGUCAAAGGAGGUGCGCAGGCUCCGUGAUUUCGAGCAAGGGCUUGUCUCCGGAUACCGCGCCUAUGUGCAGAAGCUUGGUACCCUCACAAAGCCGUCCAAGGCAGAUGGCCCCACCGAUGCUGGCCUGAAGACUGUUGCGAUUAGCUGCGCUUGCAGUAUGCUUCUAGCUGUUCCUCAUUUCAAUUUCCGCGGAGAGCUGGUCAAGAUUCUGGUCAACCGGCUUGCACGGAGAACGGUCGAUGCCGACUACGUCAAGUGCCGUGACACCCUCGAAGAAAUCUUCGCCAAGGACAACGAUGGCACUGUCUCUCUGGAAGCUGUCCGCCUGCUUGCAAAGAUGAUGAAGGCCAGAGACUUCCACAUUCACGAGUCCCUCCUAGACACAUUCCUUCACCUUCGCCUGCUCGGUGAGCUACACAUCAAGGCUUCACAAGACCGCGUGGAGAAGGAGGAAGAAGACACCGGUUUCAACGGAAAGAAGAAACAGAAGCGCGAGUUCCGUACAAAGCGUGAGCGCAAGGUGCAGAAGGAACGGAAGGAGGUCGAGAAGGAUAUGCGACAAGCCGAUGCAGUGGUUUCAACCGAACAAAGGGACAAGAAUCAGGCCGAAACACUAAAACUCGUCUUCGGUCUCUACUUCCGCAUUCUCAAGCUCCGCCAUCCCACCCUGAUGGGCCCCGUUCUGGAAGGUCUAGCCAAAUACGCUCACCUAAUCAACCAAGAUUUCUUCGGUGACUUGCUGGAGGCAUUGAAAGACCUAAUCUCUCACGCUGAGCGUGAAGAAAUGGGUGUGGAAGGCGAUGAAAACACAAUCCAAGAAGAGGAAGAAGACGAUGGAGAGAGCAACAUCUCCAUCGCAGAAAACACCGCCCGCGAUGCCCGUCGCCGAACUCUCCUCUGCACAGUGACAGCUUUCGCCCUGCUUCAAGGCCAAGACGCUAGCAAAGCAGCCUCAUCCCUCCAUCUCGACUUAAGCUUCUUCGUCAAGCACCUCUACCGCUCCCUCUACUCCCUCUCCAUGAACCCAGACGUCGAAUUCAACCCUGAAAAGGCCCUUCGCCUCCCAGACCCCAAUUCCGCAUCGGAGAAUCAGCUCGCCCAAUCCCGCUCCAAGAACAAGGUCAAUUUCCAGACCCCAAUGGUCCUUCUCCUCCGUUGUCUCCAGCCAACGCUGUUGUCCCGCGCACACGGAAACCCGCCCCCAGUCCGUCUUGCCAGUUUUUCCAAGCGUCUUAUGACAACCUCCCUUCAGUUGCCUGAGAAGUCUGCGCUUGCUACGUUAGCGCUUAUGAAUCAGGUAUCGAAACACCAUGGCCGUCGUAUUUCGUCGCUGUGGCAUACCGAGGAGCGGAAGGGUGAUGGUGUUUUCAAUGCCUUUGCUAACGAUGUUGAGGCUACCAAUGUUUAUGCUGGCUCUGUGUGGGAGGGUGAGUUGUUGCGUGUGCAUUAUUGUCCGCAGGUGCGUGAGGCGGCGAUAGACAUUGAGAAGAUGAUGUCUUCUUCCAAGUAA